GUGGCGCAAGCGCAUGUGGGGGUGGUUUCGAGCAUUUAGGUUGCUAUCUUGGGCGCAGUUGAAAACAAGGGCUGGUAAGGAGCGAAUGGAAAAGGGCGUUGCAGCGUGAAGUUUGAGGGCCCCAUGGGCAAGGAGAAUGAAUUUCUGGAGGCAGCUCGCGCGGGGAAUGUUGCUGCUGUUGAAAAGUACCUCUACCAGCGCUCAAAACGUUCCGGACCGCUAGCCAGCCUCCGACGGACACCUACAACCAAUGUCCAGGACUCAAAUGGGUACUCAGCUCUACACUAUGCUGCUCUCAAUGGGCACACUGAGGUGGUGCAGGUGCUACUCAUUGGUGAAGCUAAUCCAGAUAUUCAGGAUCCCCGUGGUUCUGGCCCCCUACAUUUAGCGGCAUGGGCUGGACAUCAGGAGGUGGUGAAGCUAUUGCUGAGCAACAAAGUUAGGCCUGCAGAACCAAAUUUACAGACAGCCGAUCUCGAUACACCACUGCACUGUGCUGCACAACAUGGUCACACGGGUGCUCUCACAUCACUCCUGGCACACGGUGCUGAUCCACAAAUUAUAAAUGCACGCGGGGAGACACCAUUUGAUCUGGCAGCACAGUACGGACGGCUGCAGGCUGUACAGAUGCUUAUUAGGGCCUAUCCUGACCUAUUGCGACCCUUCAGGCGCCCAUCAUUGCACAUACGAACACCUCUUCACUUGGCAGCACGAAAUGGCCAUGUGAGGGUUGUUGAGCUUCUUCUUGCAGCUGGAAUGGAUGUCAAUGUGGCCACUGAAGCUGGUUCAGCACUCCAUGAAGCUGCUCUGUGUGGAAAGGAUGCAGUUGUGAGGACUCUCUUGGCAUCAGGUGCAAAUCUCGGAGCAACGGAUAGCCAUGGAAGGACACCAAUUGAUCUCCUUGAGGAAUUUCCGCCGCACGUAACGCGACGUAUUGUGAAUGUUAUCAAUGCAUUCAGGCGACCUAGAUCGUCUAGCCCUCGGAGUCCAGCGAGAACGGCACCACCAAAGCCACCACGACGAAAUCUCAGUGUUUCCCCAACGAAAGAUGUUGCACUGAGAGACUACGAUCCAAGUAGGAAGCUAAAAAGAUGGCGACACAGUCAUUUUAUCGAAAAUUGCAUUGCUGCAGCGAGAUGCCCUCUGAGUCCUACAAACUAUCUGCAACCACCAACACCUGAGCAUGCACCACCACCGGCAUCUGUGGCUGAAACAACCAUCAUACGACACAUGCGCCCAUUUAGUGCAACAUACAGUGAUGUUGCAACAUCCCCAGAGAGCACCUACAGUGUGAGUUCAAGUGAUGACGACAGCGACACGAGUGAUGGAUUGUUUCGCGGUACAACAUUCCUAACACGUACUUCCCUGCAUGAACGUUCACGCACAUACAUAACGCACCAGAGAUUUGAUGUAAUCGACCGAGGACGCCUUGGUGAGGAACCAGCACCGCCUGAAGAGAAAUCACCUGAAACUCCUGAUACACGAUCCGUGGAUGUUCGGUGUUUGAUGGAGAAAAAAGAAUGGAGAGCUCUGUCGAAGAGUUUGGAACUCUUUGGUGGAGAAUAUGAGAAUGGUGAACCGGAAGUUGAGAGUGAAUUGGAUGUUGUGCUAGCAAGUGUGGGCCUAGCUCACUUGGCGGAUCAAAUAACAGCUGCUGGCUUCGAUAGUGUCCCGUUCUUGGCACAAACUCUCCGAAGGGAUGAUUUGGCGGAUUUGAAUGAAGAGGAUUUUGGGAAUUUGCUUAAUGCUCUCCCCAAGGAGGAUCCCUUCACCUACCCAAAGGAUCAGGAAUUCAAUCUCAAGGAAUGGCUCGAAAGUAUCCACCUUGGGGGCUACAUUGAGGUAUUUGAGCGUCAUCUGAUGACAACGUGGGAGCGCGUUAGUAGAAUUUGGGAGAGUGAAUUGCAAACUCUCCUGGAAAUUGAGAAGAUUGGACAUCGUCGACGUAUUUUGCAAUCUCUCGAUCAUCUCAACGGUCUCCUCGGGCCACCGAAGACCAUCCAAACGGCCCUGGAGAUGCACAACCCAUUGGAGGUUGUGGGUGUUGUGUCGCUAAAUGCAACAGGGGCCAAAUGGCGUCAUGCGCCAGUUAAAUUAACCACGAGCGCCAUCACUUACAGAGCUCUCUACUUGGGAGCUACACCCAUUGAUGUCACCCACGAUGCCGCCACAACGCGUGAUUCAAUUGUGAUGCUACGUCGGCAGGAAGCACGUAGUGCCAUCUGCUUGACAAUCAGCUGCAGAGGCAUCGAACGACUUCCGGCUGAUACGAAAAAUCCUCGUCCCGAUGAGGUUUGCCUCCACAGUAUGCGGGAUAUUGCAUUUGCAUGUCAGGAUGCGGAUGAUUUCUCCCAUUUUGCUCUCAUCACAAACGAAGGACGCCAUCUUUGUCAUGUCUUCAGUGCUCAGUCAAUGGACCUCGCAACGGAAAUUAUCCUGACGAUUGGCCAGUGUUUCGAAAUAGCUUACCAAAUGGCCCUCUGUGGAAAUGGGGAGGUCUAACACCCACACCCAAUAAACACACACACACACACACUGCCACAACUGUUUCAACGUGUUUUUAAGGAUCAAAAGGAAAUCCCUUUCUUAUAAUAAUAUUAUAUAAAAGAAAAGAAGAAAAAAAAAGUAUAAAAUAUAUUUAGCAUUUCAGGAGCAGCGGUGCUCGAAAAACCACCCACAUGGAUGCCAAAUGGGUGUAUAUAUCUUGUUAGAAUGUAUCGGCAAAAUGUUACUAUAUAUAAAAGAAAAAAGUAAAAGAAAAGAAUAAAAAUGAAGCUCAAUAUUAAGAUUUAAGGAACAAAGAAAUAAGAGAAGUAAAGGUGUUGUUGUUUGAACAAGUCAAUGGAUUUUUUCGAUUUUAUUACCUGAUGACGAUAUUUAAAAAAUAGAAAAUCCGCUUAAAGCGAUUAAGAAAAGCUUAA